AUGUCAUCCCUUCCAGCGAGCAUCAAAAGCCUACAAGCCAAAGUGGCCCGCGACAAGACGGAUAUGUCCGAAGCAGAAGGCCAGGAGGCCGACUCGCUUGGAGCUGUGGCUGAUAUCAUAUUUAUCCACGGCCUUGGAGGACAUGGCAGGAAGACAUGGUCCAGCUCAAGCAUACCAAGGUCCUUCUGGCCACAAGACUGGUUGCCGAUUGAACCUGGAUUUGAGAAUGUGCGCAUUCAUUCUUUCGGCUACAAAGCUGAUUGGGGGAAAAAGUGGCAGCAGCAAAGCAUCCUGAACAUUCACGAUUUUGCCGAAUCUCUAAUUGGAGGGCUGAAAAACCACCCAGGCAUACGUCGAGAUAGUACAGAAGUCAUCCUCGUUGGACAUAGUAUGGGUGGAUGUGUUGCUAAGGAAGCAUAUAUUGUCGCACGACAACACCCAUCAUAUAAAGACUUGGCUGGUCGGAUAUAUGGAAUGUUCUUCCUUGGAACUCCACACCACGGGUCAGAUUUGGCAGGCAUCCUGGAAACUAUGUCGACAGCCAUUUGGGGUAAAAAGCCCUUUGUGACAGAUUUGAAGUCCGGAUCUUCCGCGCUUGCUUUAAUCAGGGAUCGAUUCCGCCAUGUUGCGGCAGAUCUAGCGCUGUGGACAUUUUACGAGACGCUGCCCACAGCUUUGGGGCCCGUAAACAAAAUUGUGGUGGAGAAAUAUUCAGCAAUCUUAGGCUUUGACAAUGAACGAAUCGAAGCAAUGAACGCCGACCAUCGCCAUGUCUGCAAAUUUACCAGCCGCGAAGACUCUAACUAUAAAAUGCUACGAAAUGCCCUCCACACUGCCAUUGACGAGAUCAAAGAGAAGAGUUUGAACACGACUUUUCUGCGCCUUGGCACAAAGAAUGAGAGAGACGUUGGGACUGAUUUACGCUUGAAAUCUUUUCUUAGGAUAUCAGAUGUACUGGAGGAGGAUCUUAUGAUACAGUCAGAGCUCAAAAUGCCCGAGUCUUGCGAAUGGCUCAUAAACAAGCCGCAAUUCAUAUCCUGGAAGGAGGGCGAUGCUCCCACCAUUUUGUGGUUGACAGGGAAGCCAGCGACCGGAAAAUCUAUUCUUUCAGGUCACGUUGUCGAUCAUUUGAGCAACCUGCCUGCCUACUGCAGCUAUUUCUUCUUCAAGCAUUCAACUUCUGAUAAAUCGGCGCUAAGCGACUGUUUCAGAUCUCUUGCCUUCCAGAUGGCUAUUCAAGAUAGCCUAGUGAAGGAGAAACUGAUGGAGCUGGAACACGAGGGACUAGCCUGGGAUACGGCUAGCGACUCAGUGAUUUGGGCAAAGCUUUUUGUUGACGGGAUCUUCAAUUUAUCAUUCACAAGGCGGCAUUUUUGGGUUAUCGAUGCCCUCGAUGAAUGCGAAAACUUCAAUUCACUCUUUACGAAAAAGCUGUUGGCUAAACUACCACUUGAAGGCAAACUUCAAGUCUUCAUUACAAGUCGCAAUCUAGAAGCAAUUGAACGUGGACGAGUCUCUCUGGGGGCCCAUGUGAGCACCUAUUUUAUGUCAGAUUCUGACACGCUGGACGAUAUUCGGUCAUUCCUGACCACCAAGCUAGACGAAAUCGACCGUUUCGAGACCGAAGAUGAUUUGAAGGCCAUGUGCAACAGAAUACUCAAAAAAUCAUCAGGCUCUUUUCUUUGGGCUCGUCUUGUCUUACAAGAGUUUGAAAGCGCCUGGACACAAGAGGCCAUGGAAAAUAUACUAAGGGAUGUUCCAGAGGAGCUAUGCGACCUUUACGGUAGAAUGAUCCAGUCAAUACAGAAAGACAAGAGCAAGACAGUUCUCGCCAAGACCAUAUUGACAUGGAUUAUUUUAGCACGACGCCCAUUGUCAUUAGAGGAACUGCGCUGCGUUGUAAAGCUCGAUCUCAAUCAGACACUCCAAAACGUGAAAAGGGCAAUUCCUGAGAUCUGCGGGCAGCUGGUUUACAUUGACUCAUAUGACAAGGCACAUAUCAUACAUGAAACAGCCCGCGAAUUUCUCUUCGAUCAGAAUAUAUGCCUCGACCUGGCAAUAUAUAAGAAUCUUGGCCAUACUAGCAUUGCAUCUACUCUAAUAAGGUUUCUGUCUGGAGAUUGCCUCAAGCCAAAACCGAUGAGACUUCAACGCCCUUCAAAGCAAAGGAUCUCUGCCAAGUCACGCACGCCGCCAUCUGCUGACACAUCUCUGCUCAAUUACGCAUCAAUGUUCUUCUCCGACCACUUAUAUCGCUGUACAUCAAAAGAAGACAGUCUAAUGGACAUUAUAUGCAACUUCCUUGAUAGCAAUAUUCUCUCAUGGAUCGAGUAUCUCGCUAAAGGUGGUGACUUGAGGCCUAUCAAGCGGGCUGCAGUGAACCUGCGAGAGUAUUUAGCCCGCCGAGCCAAGUACGUCCCGCUCACAGAUUUGUCAAUAAGUAUUGUUGCGGGAUGGGUGACAGACUUGAUUCGUCUUUCAGCAGAAACUUGGGAUGACUGCCUCAGUCGUAUUGACUUCCAAAAGGGUUAUACAACUGCUGUCAGCCAUGGCAACAGUAUUUUUGCGGUUGGGUUAUCUACGGGACAGAUUUUUCUUUACGAUGCCGAGACUACUCAGCCGCGGCGGACCCUCACUCAUCCCGAAAGGGUCAAAAUUCUCCAGUUUAGCCAACAGGAUAAUUAUCUCGCCUCCUCAAAAGCUGGCACGCAGCUGUACAGAUUUUCUCUGCCUUCGUCACCUGUUAGUAUCACUUUUUGGGGGUCUGAGGAAAUUCUCUGCGCAUUCCAGUAUGGCAGUCUAACAAGAUGCGCGGCUUUCUUGGUUACCACUGACACUGUUUUGCUUGCCGUUGGUUUUCGCAUGCAUCCAGUAACUAUAUGGGGUAAUGAAGAGCAACAGGUAUUGGGCGAGUGUGUCGUUGUCGCUAACAAUGGCAUCGACGGCAUGGCGUUCAAUCCAAACCCAGAUAUCAAUGCAUUGGUUGUAUCAUACAACGAUGGUAGGCUGUGCAUUUUUGACUACUUUACCAUGAAGUUAAUGUUCUUGAUGAAUGAAGCAUACGCACAAACCCUUGCUUGCUCUUCUGAUGGACAUAGCCUGGUCACUGGUAGUUGCCGUGGCAUGAUCGAAAUUUUUAGCUUUGACCAAGACUACGACGGCAACAUCAUUUUAGUGUCUAUUUAUCGUAUUGACGGCCUAUAUGAUCCCACUGAAAGUCUGGCAUUCAGUUUGGACGGACUGCGGUUCCUUGAUAUUCACGGCCAACGGUGUCGUGUAUGGGAGCCAGCAGCGUUAGUCAGGAAAAAUGACGAGCUACAAAGUACCAGCGACGCCGCAAAUCUCCCAAUACCAUUGGCGAGAACAGCAGAUAGCUCCGAAGAUCCCGAAAUAACAAGUCCUUUGGAGAUAUCGGCUAAUGGACGGUACGCUAUUGCAGGAACUCAGCGUGGAGAAGUGCGUCUCUUUUCCAUUGCCGACGGAACGGAAAUCGGCACGCUUUAUCGACAUCGAAAAUGCGUAUUUAUUACCAAGGUUGCCCUCGGUGAGAGUAGGAAUUUAAUCAUCUCAGCUGAUGAUUCCUGCACGAUAUUAGCCUGCGAGCCAGCCAUAUCAUUACGAGAUACUACAAGACAGAUACGAGGACAAAAGAUACCAGAAGGCCGUAUCAUCCUUAAUCGUCGUUUUGACGGCGUCGUUGUGCGAUUGCUGCUGAAUACUGCAGCUGAUCGUCUUCUCGUCACAGGCCACAAGAUUACUGAGCUUUGGGCAUUACCAUCAGGGGAAUCUUUGCCUCUAAAGCUGUCAGGUAUUAAAGGCGAUGUGGCGCAUUCUCGUCGUUCUGAAAGCGGCGGACUUACUACCUCAUCGGCGUGUGUGGCGUUUCAGCAUCCCACAAAUGAAGAUUGGUUUGUUCUCAUCGCUGGUGAUACUGCGCGCAUUUUCAACUGGGCCGACUACCAAGAAUUGACUUCGGUUGACGGCAUUCUCCUUCAACGGCCCAUGUCGCCCUUGGAGCCUGCAUCGCCCAGAGAACUUAAAGUCUCCUCGGAGUAUGAUUUUAUUUCACAACAGUCCGAGAAGGUGUUUGAUAGAUCAUCGUAUCAUGUUGGCUGUGGAACAAUAAUUGAAACUUUACCAUCUACAGAAUUUGCGCCUCCAAAGCUAUACGAGUGGCCGGCAGCUCUGUUUAACCCACAUUCAUCGAAGAUUUCAGCUUCGUCCGCUAUUGAACCUGUUCUCAAUGAUGGAAGCCAUGUUAUACGAUCAAUUCUUGGAUUCAUAAGCCCAUCAACUCUGGUGUUUCUUGAUACCAACCUCUGGGUGUGUAGCAUCGAACUCCAGUCGGUGGGUAAGGGAGAUGAAAAACUCGGUGGCAGUCGGUUGCCAUCGUCUACAAUCAGCGCCCGUCGCCAUUUUUUUGCAUUGAGUGAAUGGUGUAACGCAAGCGGAAUAAUAAAUUGCUCCUUAGCAGCGGUUCCGGGAAUGGCUUUACAGAGCAUGGAUCAUGGCGUUGCAUUUGUCAACGGUCACAGGCUUGUGGUUAUGAAGGGCGGGUUCCAAUUUUCAGAAAUCGCCUCGGAAUAA